AUGUACGACAGGCGACGGGCCGACAGCCAGCUCAAGAUGCGGCAGGCUGAAGUGGUCGAGACUCUCCUACAUGGGUGCGCCUCGUGGAGCCUAACAGCGGAGCAAUACACGAAGCUCAAUGGGACCCACCUCCAGGUCCUUACACGGUGCAUCGGCUGGAGCAAGCGGAAACGCUCAGACCGCCCCCUGUCCUAUGCCCAGGCCCUCAUCCAGGCAGGCUGCGAGGAAACCAUCGAGGCCACCGUGCGCAAACGAAGACUGUGUUUCGCGGGCUUUGUUGUAGUGCGCAUGGAGGACAGCCGCCUCCCCAAGCGCAUGCUGUUAGGAGCGAUGGCGGGGGGCGUGGGAUACCGGGGCGGGCAGGAGAGCGACUGGGUGUCUCGUCUAGGAGAGGACCUCGUGGCCUUCAACAUGGGAGACGAAAAGGAAGGGGGGAAAUGGAAAGAGAGCGCCAAGGGUCCGGAGGUGUGGUACAACAAGAUCGAGGACGGGGCGGCAUGGCUCAUGAGGAAAUGGCACAGGCAGGAGGCGGAAGCGUCCGCGAAGCGUCAGCGCGCGAGGGAAACAGAAGCAAGAGUACGGCCAUCUCAGGAUCGAAGAGAACGAGAGUCGGGGAAGCGGCGGUCGGGGGGAAGAGACGGCGACCAGGUACUGAUGUAG